UGCAAUAUACAGAUUGUUAUCUUAUCACAUUAAUUUCGUUUUCUUACAGAUGCUUUUUAUCGCUGCUAUAUUUUCAUUUAUCUUAAAAAACCCUGCCACCAAUAGAAGUAUUGAAUUUGAUAUCAAACUUUUGAAGAAAUACUGUGCCUUCCAUUCAAGCAAGAAAUCUAAACAUUAUGUUGAACUUGUUGGAUCAGUGUUUCAUAAAACUCGGCCACUCAGUGAUUCGAAAGUUGUUUUUAUGCGUAAAAGACACAAAGAGGUUGCUUCAGCAAAAAAAAGUUUCCAAAACCUGAUGAUUUCAUUGGUAUUAGCUGGAAGUGUUUUGGCAAUAGGGUUCAUCGAGUUUGAUGUCAAUGCCUAUUACCUUCAAAACAAUAUAAGAAACUAUCUCGUAAGCGAUGGAUAUGGCCAGUUUGGAUUUUCAGCGGUGAAUAAUACUGAUGAUUUCUAUAAAUGGAUGACGACUACGUUUAUCCCUACAUGUUACCCUUUAAGAACAUACAACGGAGAAAAACUGGAUAUUUUAGGAGAACAAAUGUUUGGCGAUUUGGCAAACUUGAGAGUUGGUCCUGCUCGCAUAAGGCAGGUUCGAAUGCCAGAACGAAAAUGUAAGAGCACCUUGGUAUCCACUAUCUAUCCAUGCAUCGACUCAUAUGAGUUGACUGGAGAGGAUAAGGGGACAUACUGUCCAAAAUGGCAGCAACGGCGGCCCGAUUGUUCAGAUUCUGGUUUCAUCCCUCAGGCGUGGUCAUACAUUGAUUCUAGUGCUAUUUUUGGAACACCUGUGUCUGCUGUAUAUAACACGUACAGUGGGGGUGGGUACUUUUUUCUCUUGGACGAGGAACGGGCCCAAUCGGAACGACAAGUUCAAAAUGCCAAAGAUAAUAAUUGGAUUGACAGACACACAAGAGCUGUUAUGACCGAGUUUACACUCUAUAACCCAAAUAUAAAUACGUUUAUUAACGCAGUGCUUGUGCUGGAAUUUCUGGAACAAGGAUUUGCAAUGCCGUGUAUUCAUUUGCGGCCAUUUACGAGAUCGCUGAAAUUUCAGGAAUGUCGUACUUCAUUGCAAGCCUCUUUUGUCCUUUUUGUUGUAUACUUUAUUUUUCUGUUUGUUGAUAUUGUGAAUCAGUUGAUAACAGACUGCAGAAAUGUGAUCCAAAGAGUCUGGUUCUGGGUGGACGUAUUAUUUGCCCUUACCAGUGCUUGCUCCAUUGUCCUCUUCAUUAUCCGCAAAAACAUAUCUGACAAGACCGAGAAGAUGUUUUAUGAUCAACAAUAUACAGGAGAAAACAAUUUUAUUAAUUACUACCAAAUAGUUGUACUGAACAGUGCAAUCCAGGUCGUAUUAGGUGUAAUUUCUUUUAUAGCCUUCCUAAGAAUUUCUAGGGCGUUUGAGUACAGCAAGAGACUUUCGGUUUUCUGGAGAGUGAUAUCUAACUCUGCACGUCCUUUACUGGGUUUUUUUAUUGUCUUUGGCAUCACACUGUGUGCGUUUGCUUCUAUGAUAUACCUGCGUUUCGGGAAGUUUGUUAACAGCUUCAGGAACAUGGCCACCGUUUUUGGAAGUUUAGCGAACACACUUAUUGGGAAAAAUAAUGUUGUAAUCUUAAUGAACGCCUCACCGGUUUUUGCUCUCUUCUUUUAUUUCACCUAUGGGGUUUCCGUCAUUUUUCUGUUGCUAAACAUAUUUGCUGCAAUUCUGAACGAGACAAUAGACAUCGUGAAGAAUAGGAACAAACGUGCUGGACAUGUGUUCGGUAUCAGCGAUUAUACUCUUGCCUCUGUAAAGGAUAUCAUUAGUUUAAUUUCGACAGCCGUUUCUCGAAGCAAAGAGACAAAGAAUGACGAAAUUCGUUAUGGUGAAGCAAGACAGAACAUCGAUACACACGCAGUUGUUCACAUUCUUCGACGACUUUUCCAGACAUAUCAAAGGCAAGUCAAGAAAGAGUCGACUAGAAUAAACAACUAUGUUAUCUCACACACCAUGGAUGAUGAUGAUGGCGAAGUUGAAAACAAAACUACAGAAGAAAGCAUCGAGGGACAGGAAGAUCUGGAAAUAAACACACAGAAAAUGUUUAAAUACAUAUGAUGAAGUUCUGAUGUCAUCACUAUCAACUGGAAUUGUCUCGGAAAGUUCAAAUGUUUUAUGAGUAGAGAUAUUCUUUUCCAAUCAUCAAUGACAAAUUUAUAGUUUUAAAUUAAGAUAAAUACAUUGCUUAUACCAGAGAUUCGACACAAUUUUGUUAUA